AUGAAACGUCGUCAAUGCAAAUUGUUUGUUCAUGAGGAAAUCAUAAUCGACAUACUGAAUCGUUUGCCUUUAAAAUCGCUGGCUAGAUUUAAAUGCAUAUCAGAGAACUGGAGAAAGUAUAUUGCUGAAAUUUAUCGUUGUCAUCUCGGGUGGCCUCAACCCUAUCUUAUUGGUUUCUUUUGUGCGGAGAGUGGCCAUAAUAGUUCGAAAAGCCAUUUUUUCUUCUCGUCAAAGGAAUCACCACUGUUAAUCGGUACUAGUUUGGAUCAUUCAUUCAAGUUUAUCGGCGAGAGAGUUUGUGUUGUUGCUUCUUCCAAUGGUUUUCUCCUCUGCAAUAAGCUUCAAUGCAGGCAAAGGGUUUAUUAUGUUUAUAAUCCUGUCACAAGGCAACGUUUGGAUCUCUCUAAAACUCGAAUCUCUAUGAAUGAGCCAUAUGUUGGAUUUAGUUGUAAGGUAGACGAAGAUGGCUCUGUCUUGUUUACUAUAGUUCGUUAUGCAAUACCAACAAUGAGUUGGGAUUUGUUAACAGUUGAAAGCUUCUCUUCAGAGACUAAUGUGUGGACUGCUAUUACGCUAAUUCUUGAUGUACCUCUUUUAUUGUGCCCUUCUUGGUGGGAUAGGACAUCAUCAUCAUCGACUAGUGUUGUUGAUAGAGUAUUCUGUUGGCUUAAUUAUGGAUUGAUCACUGUUUAUGAUAGUGCAAAAAUGUGUUUUUGGGCUUUGAAAUUGCCUAACCAAAGAACGGUGGUCGAUUCUUGUAGUCGUUGUCUUGGAUUAUCAGGUGGGGAACUCUGUUUUGCAUAUGUUUGGAAAACAACUAUCACUUGUUGGCGACUCAGCAAUUUUCCUAGUCCAGAUAAUGCAAAAUGGGUUUGGAAGUAUGUUGUAAAUGUUGCUAUUGUAAUUGCAAAAUGUCCAGAGGAUUUUGGAGUUGUAGACAAUAAUACUAACGUUCAUAACAUAGUUUUUCAUCCUGCUCUUCCGCACAUCUUGUAUUUGCAAAUAAGAGGCAAGGUUGUUUCCUAUGACAUGAAAACGAGUACUGCAGAACUUGUGUGUGAUUUUGGAGAAGCUUGGCGGAAGACAAAAGACUACAAGUUGUUUUCUUAUGAUUGGCCUCAAUGGCCGCUGUCUUCUGUAGACUAUCCAACAGGUGUUUUCUUAUUCGUACUUCUUCUAAUACCAACAUUUUUACUUAUUUAGUACUCGUAUUCUGUUACUUUGAAACUUAGAUAUACAUUACUUUUGCGGAGGCGAAUCUAGAAAUUCUUAAAAUGGGUUCACCACUCAAAAAAAAAAAAAAAAAAAAAAGAAGGAAAAAAAAUAUAUUAAGGGGCCUUGAUCCUUAGACCUCAAGUUAAAUAACUCAAGCUUCAACCAAGUGCAUCAUUUAACUUUUUGUAGCAUGGGUUCCACCAGGUAGUAUUCUACUAAUUUUAAAUACCUAAAAUACCUAGUUUAC